UCUUCAUUCAGUUCCCAUCUAUACGGCAAGGGUUUGACUGAAAACCGUAGAAAUCAUGUCUCUCUAUCAUUCUAUCCUUCGUUCACUACGACGUUCUUCUUCCUCAACCACCACUCUCAGAUCAUUUUCAUAUUAUUCAGCUCAGCAAAUCCCACCUCCACCACCACUUUCCUCCGAUUCUAAUACUGAUCAUACAACCUCUUCCAAUUACUACACUUCUAACCCUAAUCCCACCACCACCACCACCACAAAUCACAACCAAUCAUAUCAAUACCCCCCGCAACAACCUCCCUCAUAUCAAUACUCACCACAACAACCUCCAUCAUAUCAAUACCCACCACAACAACCUCCCUCAUAUCAAUACUCACCACAACAAUCUCCCUCUUAUGGGCCUUCCUCUCCGACAGCUUCUACUACUGCUCCUCCUCCAUUCAGAAAUGUUUUUGAACCUAACCCUAAUUCCACCACCACCACCACCGGAAAUGUUUCUGAGACGACCCCUAAUUCCACCACCAAACCCUUUAAAAAUGUCUUUGAGCGAAGUACUAGUUCUACCACUCCUAGCUCUAUUUUGUCCAAUUAUAAUUCUAGUUCUGUUAAUGGAACACAACCUCCUCCUCGUUAUGGUUUCUCUUCAGCAGAAGAAGCUGCAGCUGAACGACGUCGUCGCAAGCGUCGCCUUCGUAUUGAGCCACCACCUCAUGCUCUACGCCGUGAUCCUGCGGCACCACGCCCUCGUCCUGAUCCUAAUGCUCCACGCCUCCCUGAUUCCACCUCUGCGCUUGUUGGUAACCGACUCAAUCUCCACAAUCGAGUGCAGUCCUUAAUUCGAUCUGGUGAUCUUGAUGGUGGUGCUGCCUUAGCUCGACAAGCAGUUUUCUCUAAUACAAAGCCAACUGUAUUCACUUGUAAUGCAAUCAUGGCUUCCAUGUAUAGAGGUGGACGUUAUGAAGAUGCCGUUAACCUUUUUCGGUAUUUCUUCAUUCAGUCCAAGAUUAUUCCAAAUGUUGUUUCUUAUAAUGUCCUAAUCAACACUCACUGUGAUGCUAAACGUGUUGAUGCUGCGUUGGAUGUUUAUAAUCAGAUUCUUAGUCAUGCUCCUUUUAGUCCUUCCCCGGUAACUUAUAGACAUCUUACUAAAGGACUUGUUGAAUCUGAUCGUAUUACUGAAGCCAUUGAUCUUCUUCGUGAGAUGCUUAUUAAAGGUCAUGGUGCUGAUUCAUUAGUAUAUAAUAAUCUCAUUUUAGGGUUUUUGGAAUUGGGAAAUCUUGAAAGGGCAUUAGAAUUUCUUGAUGAACUUCGUGAAAGAUGUCUUGUUUAUGAUGGGGUUGUACAUGCCACUUUCAUGGAUUGGUAUUUCAAACAAGGAAGAGAGAAAGAGGCAAUGGAAAGCUAUCAAAAUCUCUUGGAUCGCCAAUUUAAGAUGACACCUGUUACUUGCAAUGUUCUUCUAGAGGUACUUUUGAAGCAUGGUAAAAGUUCAGAAGCUGAAACGUUAUUCCAAAGUAUGUUAGAUUCACAUGCACCGCCGAAUACCCUGAGUGUUAAUUCCGAUACAUUUAAUAUAAUGGUGAAUGAAUGUUUCAAAUUGGGUAAGAUUUCAGAAGCCGUGACAGUUUUUAAGAGGGUUGGAACAAAAGAGAAGUCAAAACCUUAUCAAAUGGACGCCGCUUGUUUUAAUAACAUUAUGGGAAAACUUUGUGAGAAUGGGAUGGUUUCUGAUGCAGAGGAGUUAUUUGCAGAAAUGCCCAAGAAACAAGCCUGCCCGGAUUUUACUAGUUACAAGAUUUUUAUUGAGCUUUACUUGAAAGAAGAAAGAGUAGAUGAUGCAGUUCAAUUUUUUAAUAAAAUGUCUGAGACCAGUAUAAGACCUGGCAAGGGUUUUUGUGAUAAGGUUUUUGAUGAAUUAGUAAAAAGAGGUAGAAUCGAGGAGGCUUCAGAUAUUAUUGGGAGAAUGGGAGAGAAAGAUGUGAAGCCUGAUCCAUUGAGUUAUGAGUAUGUGGUUAUGGGGUUGAAUAAUGUUGGAAGAUUAGACCGUGCUCGGGACUUAUUGGACCAGAUGGUAAAAAACAAAAUUGCAGUCACUCCUAACCUUCGAACUAAUGUAUUUGAUGUUUUUGGGAAAGAAGGCAGAAUUCAUGAGAUCGAGAGACUAUUAGGGAGGCAAUGUGAAAAAACCUCAGUUCCUUCUCCGGCACCUCAUGGUUCCACUCCCAUGGGCAGACAGUAUGGAGCAUCAUCAUCAGCUCCACUUCAGAAGCCAGGGCAGGAAAUGGGAUUUCAGAAUACACAAUCAAACUGAUAUUUCUGAAUCCUUUCCAUUCUCCUUAAUUUUGAUUUUAGUUCAAUAGACACUGGUUCUUAAUUUAAUCUAAGUGAAUCUUUGUCAGUGACCCGUGUUAAAAGCUUGAGAAAGUCCAUAAUCAGAAGAGGGGUAGAGGUGUGGGGAUAUCAUUCAUGUGAGUACAAUGUUAUAUUUGUAGGUUAUCAUUUAUUAUCCAGUGAUUCUAAAUAUUCUUGGUUGUUGAUACCUGUGCUUCAUAAUAUUAAUUAAUUAAUAAGAUGUUUCUUCCACUCGUAACUUACAGAACCAUAGCAAUUAAGCACUUUCAUCAUACUGAACUGGCACAAAUAUAAAUUUGCUAUUUUACUGUACUCGGAAUGGCUUUUUAUGGAACUUUUCUUUUUCUUUGUAUUAGUUUGCAAUCUGUAUUUCAAUAUGCAUUUUAUAGCCAGGGGUUUUCUGUUUCAUGAGGUUAAAGCUAAAGUUUUGUGCAACUUUCUUCUCUAUUGUAUGACUUUUAUCUUGAAGCUUCCUGAUUUUGCUGCUUGCAUUUUCAAGUCGUUGGGGCUGCAAGAGUAAGCCUCCAGUAGUUUAGAUCAUAUUAAAAUUGAUCUCGUAAUCUAGUGUUCUACUUCGUUGUUUUACCUACAAAUCUCUUUUAUGGUGCACAUUAUUAGUAUUUGAGAUAAUUGCUUUUGCAUCUUCAUUGUGCACUUAAAUAACAACUUAAUUGAUCACCCAGGGUUUCAGUUCUGAUUUACUUGCUCAUUGCCCUCAUAUGGUUCUAUAUCUUACUAUACUUAAACAUCUAUGGUGGGAAUUCCUUUUCCUUGAUAUUGGCGCAUCUAGUUAUCUAGUCGGUGCAUCAAUUGGUAUGGCACUAUGGCAGUCAUUGCCUUUAACCAUUUCUCUAAAUAUGUGAAAAAGAGUAUACUGGGUUUUCAGUUUGCUGUAUUUUCACCAGAAUCCAGAGUCCAUUAUAUUUGUUCCUACAUCUAUCAUUCUUUGUUGGGUUUUUAUUUGGGAUCACUUAGGUGCGCUCGAUCUACAGUCAAUGUGAGGGAAUGAUAGCUGACACUCUUGUGGAAUAUUGAGAUCUUGAAGCCGAACAGGUGGCUGUACGUAGGUUGAACAUUGGUCGUCCAGGUAGACUGCAGCGUAACACUAACAGUCUUAAUGGCCAAGUGAAAGCUGCAGCACAAGAUCAUCAAGGUUAUCCUUGAGAACUAGGUGAAGAAGUGUGUUGAGAUGCAGACUGCUGAGAACGGGGAUUACAACAAACUCUGUGUGGCCUUCUUAAACAACCUCAAGCUUGGUAUCCACGAAGACACACAGAAACAAGGCCGAGUUUGCUGAAUUGUAACUGGGAUGAGGAAGACCAGAGUGCCAUCUACUUUAUGGAGAGAACAAGAAGGCUGUCGAGAAUUCUCCGUUCCUUGAGGCUCAAGAAGAGAGGUUAUGAAGUACUUUUCAUAGUCGAUGUGAUUGAUGAGUGCGCACCACCAAGUUGGUCAGCUGAAGGAGUUCAAAGGAAAGAUUUUGGUCCAGGCGACGAGAGUGGACUAAAAUUUGGUUGAAAGCUCGCCGGAAAGUAUGGACUGACAGCAAACGUGGGAUUGGGUACUGACGAAAUGCCGCCAUUGGAGGAAGCUGAUGCCAAGAAAAGUCGAUUAUGCUUUGAAGAUUGAAGAAAGAAGAUGUAGAUAUGUAAGUCAAAUCACACCUGGACAUGUGGAGAAUACUAAACAAUAUUUGUAAUCAAUAAAUAAUUGCCAAAAUCUUUAGAUUUUGUUUCCUUUUUA